CUCAGCUCUACUCACAGCAACAACGCAACACAACAUUCAAUACUCAUCUGCCCUCUUCAUUUCUGUAUCUCGAAGUAGCUUCACAUAAUUAAAAAAAAAUCCUCCACACCUCCCAAAAACUAAAUUAGAAAAGAAAGCCAGCUAAGUUUACAGGCUAAGUAAUGGAUGUCGUCAACAGAUUAGUGGAAGAUAAGGCGUUGGUAAUCUUCACCCGGAGUAGUUGCUGCAUAAGCCACUCGGUAUUGCAACUCAUAAGCAGUUAUGGAGCCAAUGCAACAGUCUAUGAGCUAGAUGACAUGUUGAAUGGCCAAGAAGUAGAUAAAACUCUUCAAAGACUAGGGCUUAGGCCGAGUGUUCCUGCUGUUUUUAUAGGCCAAAAGCUAGUUGGUGGUGCUAAAGAGAUUAUUAGCCUACAGGUCCAAGGAAAACUUACGUCAAUGCUAAAGGAGGCAGGAGCUAUAUGGGUUUAGUAUAUAAUAAACAACUCACCUUUAGCAAGAAAAUUAUAAAAUACUCCUAUAAUAUAAGCUUUGAUUUUCAGAUUCUGUAACUAAUUAAGAAGAAUCUAGCUAAUGUCUUCUUAUUGAUUUUCAUCCAUCCGUAAAUUUUUCCUAGUAGGAUGGCAGGGUAUUACAUUAUGUAAUGCCCCUAGUGUAGAGUCUGUGGACGGUAGUCUAUAGGUUUAAUAUGUUGUGUUUUCAAAAUUUGAAGGUAAAAUGGAGUGUCGUUUCCACUAAACUAGUGUAAAAACCCCCCAUAUUGAUGUAUUAUGAUUUAUGAUA